AUGAGAGUUUAUACACCACUUGGUAAAAAACAACAUGGUACUUUUGCUUUGGAUUUGGCUUCAAAAGUUUUACCUUUCUGUGCUGAAUAUUUCAAUAUUAAAUAUCCAAUUGCUAUACCAGAUUUUGCUUUUGGCUAUGGACAAUUGAGGUCUCUUUUAAUUGAUCCAAAAUCUUCAUCUCUGACUGUACGACAACGUAAUGCAAUGACUAUUUCACAUGAACUUGCACAUCAAUGGUUUGGAAAUUUAGUAACUAUGGAUUGGUGGACUGAUUUAUGGCUUAAUGAAGGAUUUGCUAGAUGGAUUCAAUAUUUAGCUGUUGAUAGAUUUUAUCCUGAACGGGAUGUAUUUUCACAAUUUCUUGUACUAGAUGCUUUGAAAUCAUCACAUCCUAUUGAAGUACCUAUUGGUCAUCCAGCUGAAAUUGACGGAAUUUUUGAUACUAUAUCAUAUGCGAAAGGUUCUUCGGUAAUUCGUAUUACGGGUAAAUCAGGUGAUCAGGCAAUUAUUGAUGAAGCAAAAAACCGCUUUCACCAAUAUAUGAAUGGAAAUUUAAUUGAUCCAAAUAUUCGCCCAGCUGUUUAUGUUGUUGUUUCACCUUAUGGAGAUGAAAAUAGUGCAUUAUCUCGAAUUGGCCGAGAUAUAUCUGGCUUAUGCAAUUUUGUUGAUGAAAAAAUAACGUCUGAAAUUCAAUCAUUUUUUGAUUCAGCUAAUACAUCAACUGUAACACUUACAGAAGUUUUACGUUUUUAUAAAACAACGAAAGGAAGUAAAUUAAGAAUAAUGCGACAAAUACAUAAAAAUUUCAAUAUAGUUUGUUUAUUUGAUGCCUAUAUUAAUUUCGAAGAAAAUAUAGAUAUUCAACAAAUAUUUAAAGAACUCGAUCAAUGUGAACAAUAUAUUCAAUCUAUUUCUUCAAGUAAUCAACUUAUUUUCAUCGUUAGUAAUAAUUUUGGUCAAGAAUUAAUACCCCGAAUUCAUCAACUUUCACAAGUUUAUUCAAUUUAUAUUUAUUGUCAUCAUGAACAAGAAUUCAAUCAACAUUGGACUGAACAAUAUAAUAAGGUGAAAGGCAUUUAUUAUGAAAUUGAUCAAUUGAUUGCAUCUAUAAAAAGUAAUGAAGUAGGAAUUAGAGCGAUCACUGCUGUAGAUGAACCGCUUUCUAUGAGUAUUUGCAAUGUAUCUAAUGAUUAUGAACAAACAACAAGUGACCUCGAUGGUCGAUUUGUUCAUUCACAAUUACUUAUCGAUUGUCUUCUACGAAUGGAACCAUUGUCAACAGAUAAAAAUGAAUUUAUUUCUUUUUGUUUAAAUGAAUAUCAUGAUAAUGAAGAUAUGUUAAAGAUUAUUAAAGAAUUUGAAGAUGAUUAUUCAACAGAUCGAGUAAUAUGGUGGUAUACAAGAGAAACAUUUAUUUAUCGAUUAUUAAAUAAAAGUCUUCGUAUUCAAAAUAUUGAUUUAUUAUUUACUCUUCGAUUCUUAAUUCGUGAUAUAGAACAACAACUUCAACAACAUCAAUGUUCAUCACCUAUAACUGUUUAUCGCGGUCAAUUAAUUUCCAUUGAAGAACUUGAAUUAUUAAAACAAUCAAAAGGCAAAUUAAUUUCAAUGAAUUCAUUUUUAUCUACUAGUCUUAAUCGUAAUACAGCUCUUGUCUAUCUUAAUACGAAUAUGAAUGAUAAUACUAGAUUACAACGAAUAUUAUUUGAAAUAGAUGCUGAUCCUUGUCGAAAUGAUAUUAAACCAUUUGCUAAUAUUUCAUCAUUUAGUUAUUUUCCUACCGAAGAUGAAAUUUUAAUGAUGUUAGGAUCCGUUUUUCGAGUCAAUAAUCUUUAUCUUGAUGAAGAUCAAAUAUGGAUAAUGAAUAUAACUCUUUGUAGUGAUAAUGAUCAUGAUUUAAAAUUGAUUGUUGAUUGUAUGAAAAAUCAAUAUGGUUCAGAACAAACUAGACUUCUUCUAUUUGGACAUGUACUUGUUGAUAUGGCUUAUUUUGAUGAUGCAGAAAAAUAUUAUCAUCGAUUACUCAAAGAUUUAUCUUCUGAUGAUAAAGAUAUUUGUAAUUGUUAUCAUGCAUUAGGUAAAGUUACUUGUGAAAAAGGUAAUUAUGAUGCAAGUCUUAUCUGGCUAUAUAAAUCAUUAGAAAUUAUGAAACAAAAACUAAAAAAAAAUCAUUCACAAAUUGGUUUUAUUUAUACAAGUAUUGGUGAAGUAUAUCAAAAACAAGGUAAUAUAAAACAAGCAUUAGAUUCAUAUGAAAAGGCAUUGAAUAUUUGGAUGAAAACGUAUAAUAAUGAUAAGCAUGAAUAUGUUGCUUGGUGUUUUAAUAAUAUUGCAAAUAUCUAUGUUAUGGAAAAGAAAUAUUCCGAAGCACUUGAAUAUCAUAAAAAAGCAUUAGAAAUUAAAGAAAAACUUCUUCCAUCAUCACAUCCAUGUUUAGGUAAUACAUAUCUUAAUAUUGGUAAUGUUUAUUAUCAUAUUGGUCAAUAUGAUACAGCAUUAAAGAAUUAUGAGUUAUCAAAGAAGACCUAUGAAAUUUCUCUUACUCCUCAACAUCCUUCGAUUGCAAGUGUAUUGAAAAAUAUUGGUAUUAUUUAUGAAGUUAAAUGUGACUUUUCUGAAGCUAUGAAGUGUUAUAAACAAGCAUAUUCUAUUCGUCAGACAUGUUUUUCUUUAUCACAUCCAGAUAUAACUGAUAUCAUACAUGAUAUUGAACGUAUAUCAAAUAAAUAA